AUGGUUAUUUUGGGUUUUGACGAACAUCCACAUAAUUUUUUUGAAGAUGGACGUACACCUCUUUAUUUUGCUGCUGAGGGUGGUCACAACGAUGUAGCAGCUCUACUCAUUCAGCACGGAGCUGAUCCCUGCAGAACAGACUGUGAUUUUUGGACACCUCUUCAUUACGCUGCUAGGGAUGGUCACAGCGAUGUAGCAGCACUACUCAUUCAGCACGGAGCUGAUCCUUGCAGUACAGACGAUAAUGGUAGUACACCUCUUCAUUACGCUGCUGAGGGUGGUCACAGCGAUGUAGCAGCUCUACUCAUUCAGCACGGAGCUGAUCCCUGCAGUACAGACAAGUUGGGAGGUACACCUCUUCAUGACGCUGCUGAGGAUGGUCACAGCGAUGUAGCAGCUCUACUCAUUCAGCACGGAGCUGAUCUCUGCAGUACAGACUGGUGGAGACGUACACCUCUUCAUUACGCUGCUGAUGGUGGUCACAGCGAUGUAGUAGCUCUACUCAUUCAGCACGGAGCUGAUCCCUGCAGUACAGACAGGGGAGUUGAACACCUCUUUGUUGUGCUGCUGCAGCUAGAGAUCGUCACAGUUGCAGAUCCCAUGGCAUGA